CAGCCAUGUCCUGUCCUUCUCCAUACUGCGACACCAUUUUGAUGUAGCAGGCAGGCGGGUAGGCAGGCAGCGAGCGGAGAGGAGAGCGCCUUCCUGCAGAGAGGAUCGGAGGCCCUCGCUCAUUUGCGCCUGGCUGGUCCCCUCGCUGUGUUUCAGUCUGAAGCCGUUGGCUGCUACCGAAGCGCUUGGCUCUUUCUCUACGAUCCGAGCGCGGCUACAAUCUUACCACUACUGCCCUUUCCAGACCCCUCUAACCCGGAUUUACCGCCACAUAUGCCGCUGAUUCGGGCGCGCGUCGGUCAUUGGGGAUCCCGAGCGCCGCGUGGCCGAGUCUGAGGCCGAUAUAACGCCGUUUUCGGGGUGAAAUUAGCGCUUGAAAACAACGAAGGCGCUGGAGGAGGAGAUUCCAUAUUAGGUGCACAGAGGAGAAGGCACCCCCCUUGUGUGGCUUGGAGCUUUCGGUCCCAUGCUCAUGCUCCUGGCCUCUGACUGGACAUAGCGGCGCUGACCACAAACCUACGACUGAGGUGCGGAGUGUGCUGCUGCUGACCUCAUGGUGUAACAGGAGUAAAGAUGAGCAUUAGCAGCGAUGAGGUCAACUUCCUGGUCUACAGAUACCUACAGGAGUCAGGGUUCUCCCACUCUGCCUUUACCUUCGGCAUUGAGUCUCACAUUAGCCAGUCCAACAUCAACGGCGCUCUGGUGCCCCCUGCUGCUCUCAUCAGCAUCAUACAGAAGGGGCUGCAGUAUGUGGAGGCUGAAGUCAGCAUCAACGAGGAUGGCACGUUAUUUGACGGGCGGCCCAUCGAGUCCCUGUCCUUGAUUGAUGCGGUGAUGCCCGACGUGGUGCAGACGCGGCAGCAGGCUUACAGGGACAAACUGGCCCAGCAGCAGCAGCAGGCCGCCGCCGCAGCACCUGCCUCCACCACCGGGGGCAGCAUCAGUGGCAGUGCCAAGAAUGGAGAGAACACUGCCAAUGGGGAGGAGAACGGAGCGCAUGCCUUAGCCAAUAACCACUCAGACCUGAUGGAGGUGGAUGGAGACGUGGAGAUUCCUCAGAACAAGGCCAUGGUCCUGAGAGGCCACGAGUCAGAGGUGUUCAUCUGCGCCUGGAACCCUGUCAGUGACCUGCUCGCCUCAGGGUCUGGAGACUCGACGGCUCGGAUCUGGAAUCUGAGUGAGAACAGCACGAGCAGCUCCACUCAACUGGUGCUCCGACACUGCAUCAGGGAGGGGGGCCAGGACGUGCCCAGCAACAAGGACGUCACCUCCCUCGACUGGAAUAGUGAAGGCACGCUCUUAGCAACAGGAUCAUAUGACGGCUUCGCCAGAAUAUGGACCAAAGAUGGUAAUCUGGCCAGUACACUGGGCCAACACAAAGGACCCAUCUUUGCUCUAAAGUGGAAUAAAAAAGGCAAUUUCAUCCUGAGCGCCGGAGUAGAUAAAACUACAAUCAUUUGGGACGCCCACACAGGAGAAGCCAAGCAACAGUUUCCUUUCCAUUCAGCUCCAGCUCUGGACGUGGACUGGCAGAGCAACAACACGUUUGCAUCGUGCAGCACAGACAUGUGUAUCCACGUGUGCAAACUGGGACAGGACCGGCCAAUCAAGACAUUCCAGGGACAUACAAAUGAAGUAAAUGCAAUCAAGUGGGACCCCACGGGGAACCUGCUGGCCUCCUGCUCAGAUGACAUGACGCUAAAGAUCUGGAGUAUGAAGCAGGACUCGUGUGUCCAUGACCUCCAGGCCCACAGUAAAGAAAUCUACACCAUCAAAUGGAGCCCCACCGGCCCCGGAACCAACAACCCCAGCGCUAAUCUCAUGCUAGCAAGUGCAUCGUUCGACUCGACGGUGCGCCUGUGGGACGUGGAGCGGGGCAUCUGUAUCCACACUCUGACCAAACACCAGGAGCCCGUGUACAGCGUGGCCUUCAGCCCCGACGGCAGACAUCUGGCCAGCGGCUCCUUCGACAAAUGUGUUCACAUCUGGAACACGCAGACGGGAGCUUUAGUCCACAGUUACAGAGGGACAGGGGGCAUCUUUGAGGUUUGUUGGAACGCAGCGGGAGACAAAGUGGGAGCCAGCGCAUCAGACGGAUCUGUAUGUGUACUAGACCUGCGGAAAUAGUGCUGUGCCGUUGGAAGCCAUGGACCGACCGUGAAUGUGUACAUAGCCAAAAGACUGUCCCCGCCCCUCACUCUGGCUCCGCCCACUCACACACAGGAAACAGGACAUGGGGAAACAGGAAGCAAGCGCCGACAGAAGCAGCAGCAGCAGCAGGUCCAAAACCCAGGGCUGAACCAAUGGACUUAUGGACACAGGGCGGUUCUCUGUCUCUCUCUCUCUCUCUGCCCCAAAACGCAGAGAAAAGACGAGAGAGGAAAAAGACAAAAAAACAUCCAUAUAUGUACCAAAAUCUGGAAGCUAUUUUGCUUUUUUGAUCUUUAAACCAUGUCAUCAAAACGAAAACGGACAAAAUGGUGUUCUUUGUUACUAGUUGGACUUCAUUGUGCGACAUAUCAAGAUCUCCACUAAAUAGGAUGGCACUUAGAAUUUUUUCUUUUUUUAAAAUUUCAAAUCCAAUGUUUUAAAAGUUUUGUUUUUUAAUUUUGUUUUUUAACUUUUUUUUUUUCAUUAUUUAGGAAAAAACAAGACUGUUCAGCUCAGUCAUUGCACAAAAGAAAACAAGUUACAUUUUAGAAAGUCACAUAAUUCAAAGAAGUUACAUUUAGUCACAACAAAUUUAAUUAAAAAAACAAACAAAAAUCAAUAUUAUAAGGCUAAAUUUCCAUGAUUUUAACUCGUGUAGAUGUUCGGCCAUGGUACAUUUUAUUUUGCCCAAUAAUAACUAAAUCAUGUAAAUGAAACAGUUUUAUGAAAUACCAAUGGUAAACUUUUCACUUUUAAAUAUUGAAUCAUAUUUAAAGAGGGGGUAUUACACUUUUACUGGGGUAUUAAUUGGAUCACCAUGUUACCUUUUACUGUUUUGAAAAUGCUAUAUUAGCCUUGUACAAGAGGCCCGGAUUUGAACUGGCACGGCAUGUUUUUGAUGACGACAUAGAAAAGCUCCAAAUAGAUUUUACAGAAUACUCCCUCUUUAAAAACCUACCCAACCACCAAAAAGACCAACUAUGAGUUACCCAAUGAAAUAUGGUCUGCAUCAGAUUGAAAGUGUUGGUUUUAAUAUUUUGUCCUAAAUAUUGUGUAUUGACAAUAAUUUUAUUUUCCAACAGUAUUUGUUUUAGCAGUUUGUUUUUUUUCUCGGGUUUUAAAUGAGAAAUCAGCCUUUUUUUCCAUUUAUUAAUGGUCACUGGUUUUAUUACCUUUUGUCUUUGUGAAGACUGAGCUGAGCAGUUUUGGUCAAAUCCCCUUCAACAGAUUACCACAAAAUAAAAAUUUCAGUUUUUAAAAAAGUAUUGAUUUGAAAUGAGUUUUUCCAGGACGUUUCAGCCUCAAAUUCUUCCCAAAUUCAAAUUUUCACUUCAAACUAUUAUAUAUAUUUUUUAUUUUUGUCCCCAAAUGACUAUCCGUAGUUAGUCCUUUAUAAGCUGGGCAUUACUCAAACCAUUAUCCUAAAAAUAUGAGUGAAAAUGUUGAAUUUCUAAGUGGAAAUGUUUUGUAAAAACUAGUAUUUGAAAUUAUUAUUUUCAACCUCAAAUUCAAGACACAAUUCAAAUUAGAAUUGUUACUAUUUUUGUUCCCAAUGGCCACCUGUAGUUGCUCUUUAAUUAACUGGAAAUUACUUAAAACAUUAUCCCAAAAAAUAUUUGUGAAAAUAUAAAAUUUCUAUUUUUAUUUUACACUUCAACCUCAAAUUUUAUCCACAAUUCAAAUUAGCAUUUUUACUAUUGUCCCUAAACGGCUACCUGUACUUGCUCUUUUAUUAACUGGGCGUUACUUAGACCAUCAUCCUAAAAAAAUCUGAACACAAAUAUUUAAUUUCUAACAUGAAACGUCUUGUAAAAACUUCAAAUAAUCACCUAAGCCCUCGUCACUACCAUAUGGUUAACAGAUUUCAUUUAGUUUUUGUUGACUUUGCAUCCUAUUGAUCUGUUCCAAUUCAAAUCAGAUCAGUCCAACUAAAGUCAGAAUAAAAUCUAUUUUGAUAAGA